AUGGAUUCCGAUCGCCAUUACGGUGCUGAUGUCGAAGAAAGCGAAAGGCUGACGAAUGAUGAUUUCCGUAAAUUAUUGAUGACGCCGCGGGUGACAUCUCACGACUCAUCGGAACCUUCCACGUCAUCAUUUGCAAAGCCGAAAACCCCAGCCAGCUCCCACAGUGAUGCAAACAAUUCGGCUGCACUGAGGAAGAAGAAAAAAAGUUAUUAUGCCCAACUGAAGAAGGAGGAAGAUGAGAAAGAAAAAGAGUUGGCUGGAAAAUAUCGAGAUAGGGCUAAAGAACGUCGUGAAGGUGCCAAUACUGCCGACCCUAAUCAAACAGCAGAGGUUUCGACGACAGCCAACUACCGUGCUGUGGCCCCAGACAUUGAUGCAGGUGCCAAUCUUGCUAAACACAGACAGCAGUUGAUACAGGAGUCGAAAUUUUUGGGUGGUGACAUGGAACAUACCCAUCUGGUCAAAGGCUUGGAUUAUGCUCUGUUGGAAAAAGUGAAGGCAGAAAUAAUAUCAAAGGAACAAGAAGAGGAGAUGGCUCUUCUCGAGAAAACACUUGAUAAGCAGUUAGUGCUUGCCUUCACUGCUAUCUCCUUCUCAGUUCAUCCACUUCAAACAAGUGAAGAUCAGAUAACAUUCAGGACAAAGCUGGCUCGCAAUAUAUUCAGAGCCCUCCCCAAAAAUCCAAACCGACCAAUAGAACGAAACGACCUGUUCAUCCCCGGUCGAAUGUGCUACAUUGUCGACUUAGAGGAGAAUGAGGAGAACGACACUGACAUCCCCACUACACUAAUUAGGAGCAAGGCAGAUUGUGCCAACAUGGAAACUAUGACCACUCUCAGCAACAACGAUAUUGUUAUCAAUAAACUGACCCAGAUUUUGACAUACUUAAGGCAGGGACGUGCUCGUGAUAAGAAGAAGAAGAAAGAAAAAGGUUUGUUUCCCAAUAAGCAGCACCAUCAAUAUGCUACCAACAGCUACAACAACAACAACAGCAAGUCAUCUGACAAAUAUAGAGAUAGUGAUGAUAAGUAUAGAAAGAGGGAUGGUGAGGACAAAGUGAGAGAGGGUAAGAGAUCUUAUUUUGAAAGACCUACUGAAGAGGUUGCUGCCAAUGAGAAUCAAGAUGGAGGGAAGAAGUUAUCGAAGGAGGAGGAGAGAAUGAGAAAGAUUAAAAGCAAAAUGGAUAUUGACAGCUAUGCUGAAUGCUACCCUGGGAUGAUGGAGUCAGUAGAUGCCUUGGGUGACAGUGACGACGAAGCUGACUAUACAAAAAUGGAUCAGGGAAAUAAGAAGGGCCCAGUUGGGAGGUGGGAUUUUGAGACCCAGGAGGAAUACAGUACCUACAUGUCGGCCAGAGAAGCUAUGCCAAAGGCGGCAUUUCAAUACGGCGUCAAAAUGGCAGACGGAAGAAAAACGAGAAGAGCUGGACCAAGAGAUGAUAAAAAAGAGUUGGAUAGAGAAUGGUCAAAGAUUCAAAAUAUCAUUUCCAAGAGAAAGCCCGGUGAUGAUAUAGCGCUUGGUAAUUACAAGAAAGGGAAACAUUAA